CGCAGGGGGGCAAUAAUGAGCCCAGUUCGCUGAUGAAAAUGCUGCUUAUGGAUAAAUAAGCUUCACACAAAGUUCACAUUUCUUCAUUAUUAGAUGUGUUUAAAGUAGUUUUUUCAGUUUAGCAAAAGAGGGACACUAAGAAAGAAGAGUAAGAUGAUGUUUUUGCCUACACGCGCCUGUUUUUUCCCCCCUGCUCCGUAAAAAACGUUAAGCUAACGGCCACUUCUCACUUCUCCCAUCGUUUCUUCGGAGCCGUGGAGACUGAAGGCGUGUAGGAUGCAGUACUGCAGUACUCGUGGUGGGGUCAGGGGCUGGGACUUCCGGGAUGUGCUGUUUUCGGGCUACGCCCCAGAUGGAGGGAUGUUCAUGCCAGAGAGUUUGCCUCUGCUGAGCCCCGACACCCUCAGGAGCUGGAAGGGGAUGUCCUACACCAAAGUGGUGGUGGAAGUCGCUUCACUGUUCAUCCCUCCUCAGCUGAUCCCCAGAGACGACCUGGAGGUCCUUGUGGGUGAAGCCCUGUCUGGCUUCUGUGUGCCAGAGGUGGUCCGAAUCGCCAGGCUGAAGGGGGGUCUGUCCAUCCUGGAGCUCUUCCAUGGAGACACCCUGGCCUUUAAGGACCUUGCUAUGACCUGCACUGUGCGCUUCCUAAACUACUUCCUGAAAAAAGAGAACCGCAGGGCAACUGUUCUCGUAGGUACGUCUGGGGACACCGGCGGCUCGGCCAUCCAGAGUGCCAAAGGUCUCCCGGGGCUGGACGUGGUGGUGGUUUACCCCCGAGGACGCAUCACUCCAGUGCAAGAGAAGCACAUGAUCUCCUGCCUGAAGGAUAACGUCCAUGUUUUUGCAGCCGACGGCAGCUCUGAUAACAUAGACCAGCCACUGCGCCGCCUGUUUGCCGACCAGGAGCUUGUUAAGUCUCACGGCCUCAUGAGCCUCAACUCAGUGAACUGGUCCAGGGUCAUGAUCCAGCUCGCCCACUUCAUCUACGCCUACUUGGAGCUCAGUGGGGUGAAGCAGGACGAUGUGGGUGCAGCGCUGCCGGAGCUGGAGGUGGUGGUUCCCACGGGAGGGGCAGGAAACAUUGCAGCCGGCCUCAUCGUAAAGCAGAUGGGACUCCCCUUGAAACUGGUUGCCAUGGUGAAUUCCAAUGACAUCGUGCACAGGAUGGUAACCAGCGGUGAUUUUUCCAUGGCAGCUAACGUCACACAGACGUUGGCCCCGGCUAUAGACAUCCAGGACCCAUACAACAUGGAGCGAGUGUUCUGGCUGCUGCUGGGCAGAGACGGCCCCAAAGUGAAGGCGAUGAUGGAGGAGUUUCAGCGCUCGCACCGACACUCACUGCCUGAGAACCACCGCAGACUGUUGUCGCAGGUUCUGUCGACGGGGACAGUGACGGACGAGGGGAUCCUGGAAACCAUGAGGAACUGCUGGGAGGAGAACCAGUAUGUGCUGUGUCCUCACACAGCUGUGGCAGUUUGGCAUCACUACCACUGUCCUCACAGCGCCCAGCUCAACAGAUGUUACAUUGCAACUGCUUCUCCGGCCAAAUUUCAGGCAGCAGUGGAGAAGGCAGGUUUGACCUUUGACCUUCCAGAGGCGGUGCUGGCUUUGGAAAAGCUGCCGACCCGUUAUCAGGAGCUGGAGCGGAGCCAGAACUGGUGUGAAGACUGGGAGGGCAGACUGAGAGAGAGAAUCCACUCUGUGAGCGCGGCGAGGAAGAAUGGCAUGACUUACUACACCUGAGUGGACAUUAAACAGUUUUCAGGUCAGGUGACUGUGGCAGCACAUCGCUGAUCUCUGAACCUGCUUGUCAGGAUUUAGUGAAUGAUAUUGAUGGUAAAAGAAUCAUGUGAGCCCUCAGGUGGACUUUGGUCUGUGGUGUCAUAUGACUUCUGUGUUUUCACACCUGAAACCAAGCCGUCUCACCACAGCUUCAAACUGUAUGUGACAAAUAAAAUGAGGCUGAUUUUUAUGACUUUAA